AUGGCAGACACGGUGCCCAUCGAUGUUGCUGAACCUCGCGGCAGUCCGCAAGAGAUCCGCCCUCGUGAUGAAAACGAAUCCGAAAAGACAGUCGAUAUUGAGGAGAGCCCUUCCACUCUCCCGAAGUUAGACGAACCCCCUCCAGACGGCGGAUAUGGCUGGGUAUGCGUGGCUUGUAACUUCUUCAUUAAUGCACACACCUGGGGAAUCAACUCGUCGUACGGCGUUUUCCUCUCUUACUACCUAAACCAUGACUAUUUCCCGAACACAUCCGCUCUGGCCUAUGCCUUCAUCGGCGGCCUCUCCAUCUCCCAGGCCAUGUUCAUUGCGCCUCUAGCCACACGCGUCAUCCACCUCUACGGCUCCAAAGUUUGCCUACAUCUGGGCGUCUUCUUUGAAACUCUCUCCCUUAUUGGCGCUAGCUUUGCCAAGCAGAAAUACCAGAUCAUCCUAUCUCAGGGAUUCUGCUUUGGCUGGGGCAUGGGCUUUUUGUUUGUGGGCUCCGUCGGGAUCAUACCACAAUGGUUCACCACGAAACGCAGCGUGGCAAAUUCGAUUGCUGCGGCAGGCUCCGGCCUCGGCGGCUUGAUGUACUCUCUCGCCACUCAGCAGAUCAUUGAUACAAUGGGCCUUCCCUGGGCCUUUCGCAUCUUGGGAAUCUGUUCUUUCGCGGUCAAUUUGACAGCGUCAAACCUCAUCCGUGACCGCAACAAACAAACCGGAGCGCGCCACAAGGGAUUCGACACCAAAAUCCUCGGCAAACCCGAGUUUCUGCUUGUUCAAGGCUGGUCUUGGUUCAGCAUGUUCGGUUACACAAUCUUGCUCUUCUCACUGCCCGCCUACGCGCGAUCCAUCGGACUGAGUGCGAAACAAGGCUCGGUGCUUGGAGCAAUCUUGAACUUGGGCCAAAUGCUUGGCCGGCCUUUCAUCGGUCUAUCUUCCGACCGCUGGGGUCGCAUCAACCUUGCCGCCUUCCUCAGUUUCCUGUGUGGCGUUUUCUGCUUCGCCUUCUGGAUCCCAGCCGAAACCGUCUCGUCUCCGAUGGGUCUGUUAUGUUUCUUCGCUAUCGUUGGUGGGGCUUUAGCAGGGACUUUCUGGACGACCAUUGCCCCCGUCGGUGCCGAGGUACUGGGACUCCAGGAUCUCCCUGCUGGGUUGUCACUGACAUGGCUGAUCAUGGUGCCACCCACGACAUGUGCGGAGGCAAUCGCUUUGGAACUUCGACGGAAGAACACAGAGAGUUGGAUUUACCUCCCGCCCCAGAUCUUCACAGCCUUCAUGUACAUCGGUGCAGGACUGUGCUUGUGGGUGGUCAGGGGAUGGAAAGUCGGCGAGUUGAAGUGGAAGGCACGGAUGGCGAGGGAAAGGGAACGAAGGCAGGAGAGGAUUCUGCUGGACGAGAAGCAUUCUGUGACGCCAAAGGAUGGUGCAGGAGGGCCAGAGAUACAAGGCGAGAACGUGAAUGAGAUUGAUCGUUAUGCCGACGAGGUGGAAGUCCAACGGUUCAUGAAAGGGGAGAUAUGGGGGCCGCGAAAUCUCCUCAAGAACAUGGUGGCAUGGCAAGUAGUGUAA